AUGGCGGCCCCGGCGCGCGGGCGCGGCGGCUCCGGGGUCCCGUUGUGGCAGCCGCGGGGGCGCGGGGUGGCGUCACCCGCGACGGGCGGCUCUCCUGGGAGCCCGGAGGCGCUCCCCGCCCACCGGGCCCCCGGGGAAGAGGGGGAGGACGGUGCCGGGGACCGGGCCAGCGACUCCGCGUCCGACGGCUCCGCGAGCAGCGGCGAUGACCUCGAGCCCGAGUGGCUGGACUGCGUGCAGCAGAACGGGGAGCUGUUUUACUUGGAGCUGAGCGAGGAGGAGGAGGAAAGCCUGCUCCCCGAGUCGCCCGCCGGGACCCGCGUCAGGUUCAGCGAGAAGGAGGUCAUCAUCGAGGGCGACCUGGAGGCGGGGCAGAAGUGUGAACCCACGCUCAAGCGCUUCACCAAAAUUUUGAAAAGCAAAAAGCUUUUGCCCAAGCACUCCAAGAAGAAAAAUAGCUGCGCCCAGGGCCCAGUGUCCAUCCUGAAGCAUCAGUCCCACCCGAGGGCGGGGGUCGUGGUCCAGCAGCGAUACAAAGACGUGAGUGUCUACGUGAACCCCCGGACGUUGGCUGCCACCAAGGCCAAGGAGGCGCCCAGGCUGCUGGAGGCCCUGCUGGGGAUCAUCCACCAGACCAAGUGGAGCUGGAGGAGGCCGGGGCGGCCGGGCGCAGGGGCCGGGCUGGCGGUGCACGGCCUGCGACCCGGGGGCCCUGCCAUGAAGAGCGGCCAGGUCGUCAUCGGUGACGUCCUCGUGGCUGUGAACGACGUCGAGGUCACCGCAGAGAGCGUGGAGAGGGUCCUGUCUUGCGUCCCGGGGCCAGCACAGGUGAAACUCACCUUCGAAAAUGCAUAUGCUGUGAAAAAGGAGGUGUCGCCACCCCGACAGAGAAAGGCGCAGACGAGCACUACUGAGCUGGCGAGAAUUCUGUGGGGAGGGGCAGCGGCGGGGGGUCCGCAGGAGGCCGAGCCCCCCCACGUCGUCAUGUACCUGACCCUGCAGCUCGACUCCGAGACAUCGAGGGAAGAGCAGGAAAUUCUUUACCAUUACCCAGUGUCUGCUGCGUCUCAGAGGCUGCGGGCCGUGCGGGGGAUCUUCCUCACGCUCUGCGACAUGCUGGAGAGCGUGACCGGGACCCGCGUGACCAGCUCGUCCCUCCUUGUAGAUGGAAAACAAAUCCACGUGACGUACUGGAAAGAAUCUCACAAGCUGCUGUUAAUGGGCCUGCCUGCCGAAGAAGUCCCUCUUCCUCAGCAGCGAGACAUGAUCCAAGAUGUUGCCCGAACCUUGACGUUCCUGUACGGCUCUGUGGACAGUGCCUUCUGCCAGGCCGACCACGUUCCGCACCUGGACCACUUCUUCAGCUCCUUCUUUCAAAGAGUGCUGCGACCCCUGAGGCUGCAGGGCGGCGUGGGCCCCUGCGCGCAGUGGUACGAGGCGGCCAGCACCCCGCUGCUGGACACGCUGCCCGGCGUCCGGUGGCUGAUGCUCCCCCGGGACCUCAAGACUGAACUGGACAUGGCGCUGAGCGACUUGGAGGCUGCGGACUUUGCAGAGCUGUCCGAGGACCACUGUGACCGGAGGCGGCUGUACACCAUCGUGGGGUCGUCUCUGUUUUACAAGGGCUACCUGCUCUGCAGCCACCUGCCCGUGGACGACCUCGCCGACGUUGCCGCCUAUUGCCGCCACCGUGGCCUGCAGCCCCUGGCGGCCCAGCGGCGGGUCGGCCAGCUGCUGGUGUGGCGGGAGGUCUUCCCCGGACACCACCCGACGCCGCCUGUGCCCUCCGACAGCGCGGCCUUCCAGGGCCCCGACGGCAGGUACUUUUUGCUCAUCGUUGGCCUGAGGCACUACAUGCUGUGCGUCCUGCUGGAGGCCGGGGGCUGUGCGUCCACGGCCAUCGGGAGUCCCGGCCCAGACUGCGUCUACGUGGACCAGGUCCGGGCCACGCUGCAGCAGCUGAGAGGGGCGGAGGCCCGGCUGGAGGCGCGGCUGGCUGCUCCCCCCAGCCCCAGCUUGUCCUGUGCUGACUGGUUCCUCGUGGGGUCACAGGAGAAGCCAGACGGCCUGACGAGCUCCCCCAUCCUCGGCAGGCUGCAGGGAGCUUCCAGGGCGGCCGCCUCCCCGGCCUGCAGAAGGGCCCUCUUCGGGGACGCCUCCUUGAGGACGCGGAAGCCCAGUCCUCCUCGGGGCAGCGGCGGCUCCGACAGUGGCUGUGAAAAUGGAGAAGGCGGUGUUCUGAGCCCCCACCCCGCCUCUGAUGGGGGCUGGAAGCCCAGAGAAGCUCAGGGCUCCGAGGGUCCAGAGGACGGCGGGGCCUCGCUGCAGGUCACUAAGAAGAAGCCUGCCCUUCCCAGUCCUUUUAACUUGGGCAGCUCGAAGAAGGGCGCUUCAGAGAAAGACCUGGACGCGUACAACACGGUGAAGCUGACGUCGGGCCCUGAGAACACACUUUUCCACUACGUGGCCUUAGAAACGGUGCAAGGCAUCCUCAUCACGCCGACCCACGAGGAGGUGGCGCAGCUCAGCGGCUCCAUCCACCCGCAGCUGAUACGGAACUUCCACCGCUGCUGCCUCUCCAUCCGAGCCGUCUUCCAGCAGACGCUGCGGGCGCAGAAAAGGAAGGCACUAGAUGGUGGAGAUUCCGCCGGCGCUGCCAAUUCUGGGUCUUCUCUUACCCCCGUGAAGGAGCAUGGUGUGCUGUUCGAGUGCUCCCCUGAGCCCUGGGCUGACCCGCGCAAAGCCCCUCCCGUGCUGGCCUACUGGGUGGUGGGGAGACUCUUUCUUCACCCCAAACUGCAGGAACUCUACGUCUGUUUCCAUGACUCAGUCACAGAAAUCGCCAUGGAAAUGGCUUUCAAGCUGUUCUUUGGGUUAACCCUGUAGCCGCGUCUCCUUGAGGCAGCAGGCGCCGCGGCCAAGCAGGGGCGGCCGGUGUCUUUCCUCCGCGUGAUGCUGAACAUGGAGCUGGAAGCCGCUGGGUCAGAUGCGCACCGCCUUUGGUGGUUUUGUGAGACUUUGGAGAAGACGCUUGGUCAGCAGAGGAGGCCGGGCUUGCCAGCUUACUUCCACGUUGGCGUACAGCGUUGCUUUACGAGUAGUCUGAAAUAACGUGAAGUGCUCUAUGUAAAACUAGCACAGGAAAUCUUUGUCUUGAAAAAAUACCCGAUUUGUUGUGUAUUUUCUCAGCUCAAGCAGUGUAUCUCGUGUCCUUUCCUCGGGCUCAGCGGCACUUUGUGAUGUCCACGCGCCAGCUCCUCACGAGGUCAAGCAAGAGUCUUAGCAGCUACCUCACUGCAGAGAGAGCGAAGAGUUAAAAUUUCAACUUAUUUAUUUGAUUUUCUCUACUCUUUCACGUCAGCGGUUUUGACUGGGAUAUAUUUUUUAAACUAUUUGUCCAUAAACUUUGUUUUACUUUUUGUUGAAAUAUCGUCAGUCACGCACAGCUUAUACCGUUCAGGAAUUGCUGGAGAGUUCUCUGUCAAUCUUUUUUAAAAACUAAUUAUGUUAAAAGCACGGAGAAAGUUGGCUAAAGAAAUCCGUAGAUGACUUAUUUUGUUAAAUGCUGAUUAUUGCUGACAAUUCUGUCAUGUAUAGGUUUUCCCAAAGGGGGACAUUUUAAUGAAUAAUAGUUUGCUUGACCUUUAGCAGAGAAAGGGAACCAGUGGGGGGAGACUUUGCUUUGGCUCAGACUUUGCUGCACAGAGGAGGAAGAAGAACGUGACAAGUUUGCACCUUCACUCAGGCGGUGGGUCUUCCCCGGGAUACAGAUACCUCCCCCUGCCCGCUGCCCCCCCCAAGACUUUACAAACUGGGUUCUUUCUUCUUCAGAAAGAAGAAAGCUUUGGAGGGCAAAUUACUCCAGCCUGAGGUCAGCCUCUGCUUUUCCCACCUCAAACAUGAGUCAGACCCGCUCAGUCAGACCAAAUGGGCCACACCCUUUGAAGGUGGGUCUUGGGAAAGGCCUGUCCUCCCCUGGGGGCUUCCAGCCUAGCAGACUAACUCCACCCCAUUAGGGACUUGUGGGCCUUAAUGACAACUUCCACACCAGGGCAGCAAAGUUGGUUCUUGAGCUGUGGAAAUGGUUAGAACAGCCUCCCCUUGGGCGCGUGGGGUCCUGAAGUGUCGCCUGCUGUUCACGCUGCCUCGGGCUGCUCAGGGGCGCACGCGGGCAUUAAGCACUUUAAGUUUUUAUUAGAUGUCCUAGACGUCCCCAAAACACGAUUGCCUAGUUGUGGUACUGAGUAUUUUUAAGGAAUAAUGGAUCUAUUGACCAUUUCAGACUUUCAAACAGGCUGAACUAAGAAUUUAGAGUUUUUCCGUAUGAGUUUCAUUUAAUGAGACUUUGAUCUGGUGGCAAAGAAUCAAGAGAAAUAAAAGACAAAAGAACUACGAAUCUUAAUUCGGGCGAAAGCCACGCGCUCUGUUGUAGGUGCAAACCUCCAGGCCCAUGUGGCCCAGGUGCUGCGCUGUCCAGAUACAGCAAACGUUCUCUUGGUCUUCAGCCCCAGGUGGA